AUGACUAUGUGGGCGUUUUGUGCUUUUGUUUGGUUGGUUUUUGGACAAGUGGCUCACUCACGAGUAUCAGAUGAUGAACGUUUAAUGCUUCGUGCACUUUUAGGCAGAGAUGAAGUGAUAGCUGAACCAUUGCUUAACGUUGAUGAAGAAUCAAAAUCAAUUAGCAAUAUUGAUGAAAACAAUUAUGAUCGUGAUAUUCUCAAUGAUGUGGAACGUCGAGAUUUCAAUAAUGAUUUUGAAAAACAAGUAUUUGAUUUAACGAAUGAAGCACGUCAAAAAGGUCGAUACUGUGGUGGGCGUUGGCAUGGGGCCACAACGCCUCUUAAAUGGAACGAUCAAUUGAAGAACGCUGCAAAUAAACAUGCCAGAAGUAUGCUUGCCUACAACUACUUUUCCCAUACAGGUAUAGAUGGAAGUAGCUUUGUGGAUCGAACAGCAGCUGCAGGCUAUCCAAGAAAUUGUGCCGGCGGCGAAAAUAUUGCUGGAAAUCAAACUCCUCGAGACACAGUCAAUGCUUGGCUCAAAAGUUCAGGACACUGCAGCAACAUUAUGAACAGAGAUUUUAAGACAAUUGGUGUCGGAUAUGCUCGAGGUGGUCCUUAUGGUGGUUACUGGGUUCAAAAAUUUGGCAGAUGCUAA